AUGCCAGGAAGAAAUUUUUCCCUAAUUGGACACAACAUGUGGCAUUCUGGACUUGUGACAUUUGUGGCCAUUGAUACUGAAACAAAUAUUCCUCAUUCCUUCUUUCCAGAAUCCAAUUUUAAAAACAAGGUGGAUCAAUCGGAAUGGUUAAGUGACACCUUGUCUAAAAUUAAUAAAAAGAAAACACCUUGGGUUGUGGUUGGCCAUCGUCCAAUUUAUAGUUCUCAAAAUAUCUUUUCAGCUGCUGAUGAAUCAAUUAUUGGAGAAUCAAAAAUUCUCCAAGAAGUCUUUGAAGAUAUUCUCUACAAAUAUCAUGUGAAUAUUGCCAUGUUUGGUAAAGCAGGAAAAUGUUCCUGGAAAAAAAUCACCAAUCCGCACACCCAUAUACAAAUGCGAAUGCAUACAGUAGGCCACGUUCAUAGCAACGAAAGAACCAAUCCAGUCUACAGAACUCUUGUAGAACCCAAUUUUGUUUUUCAUUUUCACAUUGGAAUUCCAUUUCUUAAAAACUAUUUCCUUUUAAAUAUUAUUUCUAUUUUCAUGUUAAGACGACUUUAA